UUGCCAGCUACGAAAGAGAAAAUUCACAAUCUCAUCGCUAAAUUUGAUAAUUCAUGGAAUUCAUAUUUAAGCAGUACAUUACUAAAAGAAAGGUCUGAGCUAGUUGCUGCCUCUGUUGCAUACACAAAAGAGCCUUCAUGUUGUUGAGGAAUCCACUAGAGAUGACAUUCUAUCAAUCAUAAGCUGUAUAACACUCCGGGGUUCUUCUGAUGAUGUUGAUGACUGUAUACUGCAUGAAAAGGAAGAUACUAGUCCUCAAGAUAUUUGUCUUCUCGCAUCCAUAUUGAAGCUAAUGAGUUCUGCUAUGUUACAAGCCAUAAGGGUUCUAACACAAGGCGGAGAUUCUGGGUCUUUGAAAACAUCGGAAAAUGUUGCAUUAAGUAAGGAGUAUGAUCUUUUGGUUGCUACUUUCAAUUGUUUUCAGCAGUUUGGUAUACGCUUACCAGUUCAGAAGUUCUUACAUGACAUGAUGGAAAUUCAGCCAACAAGGCAUAAGAAGUUAAAAUGGAUGUUCUUUCAUUUCUCAGGCUUGUUGUCUCUAAGUUAUUCUAGUGGGCUUGAUUUUCUGGUUAAGAACUGCAUAUUUACAUUGAUAAUACUGCUGAAAUUAUUUGUUUAUGAAGCGGGUGAUCUCCAUGCAUUUGGAUCCUUAUUAGACUCAAGGGUAAAAUCUUCAUCAUGGAAAUCGCGUGUUAAAGUCGGAAAAUCUGAACCUUCACUUAAUACUAGUGAGGUUCUCGUGGAUCGGAAAUCUAGCCACGCUGUUGCACUAAAAUUCCAGAAAAUUCAGACACUGUACUUGGGAACUAGAUCUCAGACGAGUUCUAAAAAUAGAGCUCAAGAGCAGGAACCAGGAAGUUCAGAGAAAAAUCAUGUUGAAUCGGCUCUCAGCAUAGAAGAGACUACUGGUGAAACUUGCAAUGGUGAGAUUUUUCUCAGAUGCGUUUUACAAGGUUCCCAAGACUCAUCUGCUGUUGCGGAUUUAGCCGACUUCAUCGAGUGCAAGCAAGGAAAAGAUUAUUCUGAAUGGCUGAAGGAUCGAGAAAAAUUUAGACGAUGGAAAUCUGAGAAAUUGGAAAAUUUAAGGUGGAAGAAAAGGAGAAGAGCUUUUCAGAAGAAAGCAUAG